AUGCAAUAUCCUAUACCAUCCAGAAUGAAGCCAUCUGCCACUGAUUCUACCGUUUACCCAACUGGAAUAGCUGCAAAUGCACCAGAAAGAAAGAAUAAAGAUGAAGCUUCCUCAAGUGUUCAAGAUCCACAAUCUAAAAACUUACACGCAUUAAUUCAAAGAUUUAAGUUUAAAAGAGUCCUAGAUUCAAACCCUCAAACAAAAGUACUUUCACUAUUAGGAUUGAUCGAUAAUAAAGACGCUAUAAUCACUGUGGAAAAGACUCAUUUUAUCUUUGGGCAAACUAAGAAAACAGAUCCUGAAAGUGGUCGUAAUACCCCCAUCUUUUAUCAAUGCGAAGAUGAAUAUUCUUGCAUUAAUGGAAUUGAAGAUAUAAGACAAAUUUCAGCCCAUGAUAUUUACUAUUGGGGGCUUUCUGUUUUAAGACAGAAUUUAACAAAUAACCCUACUGCAAAGAUUAAUUUGAUUUGGCCAGCUAAUUUUAUCCAUAUCAAGAAAUACGAUCAACAAAAUUUACAUCUAGUGAAGGAAACCCCUGAUAUGUAUCAAAGGAUUGUGAAACCUUACAUCGAUGAAAUGAUCCAGGGGAACAAUCUCGCAUGGGUCAACAAAAUUCUUUACGAAGAUGCAGAAUCUGAUAGAAUCAUUUAUAAAGAUUUCCCACAAGAUAAGGACGCUUCCGAUCCCACAGCUCUAAAGAAGGAAAAUGGGUUAAUCAUCUUACCUGAUACAAAUUGGGAUGGUAUUAAUUUGGAUUCUCUUUAUUUGGUAGCGUUGACUUAUAGAGAUGAUAUUAAAUCUCUGAGAGAUUUGAAACAAUGUGAUCAAGCUUGGCUAAUUGAAUUGAAUAGGAAGAUCAAAUCCGUCAUUCCUGCAUGUUAUAAUUAUGCAAUUCAUGCGGAUGAACUGAGAAUAUUCGUUCAUUAUCAACCUUCUUAUUAUCACUUCCAUUUACAUAUUGUUCAUGUAAGGCAACCGGGGAUUAAUAGUGGUAUGGCUUUGGGAAAAGCCGUACUAUUAGAUGAUAUCAUUGAAACUUUAAAUUAUAUGGGUCCCGAGGGAUUUAUGAGAAAAACAAUCACAUAUUCCAUUGGGGAACGCCAUGAUUUAUGGAGAAGAGGUUUUGAUAAAGAAGUAGAAUUACAAUUAGAGAGAGAUGGAAUACCAAAGGUACCUAACAUCGUUAAUGAAUUCGAUUAUCAUGGUGGAUUCGGUCCCAAUGAUGAUGGCGAUGACCAUGAAGGUAAUGGAAAUAAUUGA